AAGUUUAUAACGCUACCGGAAAAAUUUCUUUGAAUCCAAUUUAUUUCAAAUUAAUAAUAACAAAAUGAGUGGAGAUGGAGAUCAAGAAAAGUUUAAAAGAAUGUCUUGUGGUUUAGAAUUGGAUUGUCCAGCUAGUAUACAAGAUGCUCUCUCCAAAUCGACUUCGGAUGGUUAUCACUUUAUUGUAACAUGUUUAAUUCACCCCCAGUAUCAUCGUACGAUUCAAAAAAGAGUUGUUACAUCGAAAUCAAUCAGCAGAACAGAUCGAAUUUUAACUGGAAAUGAUUGGACGAGAUUAAUUGUGGGGAAAUUAAGUACCCUUCAAGUCGAUAGUGAAAUCAAACAUGUCAAAGAAAGAAGUGAGAUUAUUUUGAAACAAGAAUUAGGAUUUGCGAGUCAUUUGGGACUCCCGGCUAUUAUGAUUCAAUUGCAUCAAAAAUCGAACCCUAAUUUAGCCCAUAUUUUACAUAAUACGUUUUUAAAUGGGGCUAAUUAUCAAGUUUGGGUUACUUUACCGAUGGUGCAUCCAUCCAAGUACACUCCUUUAUGUGAAAAGAACGAAAUUGAGGAUUCUUGGGAAUGGUGGAAUGAUUUACGAAGAUAUUGUCGGUACGAUAAGAGGUUAGGUUUAGUUUUGGAGAUGCCGAAUGUUGGGGAAGUUCCAAGUAAGAUUGAAAUGGAUCGUUGGGUUGGAGAACCAAUUAAAGCAAUUAUUGUCCCUACUUAUUUAUUUUUAACAAACGGGCAUAAUCAACCGGUUUUAUCAAAAGUUCAUCAAGAAAUUAUUCAAAGAUUUUUGUUAAUCGAUGUUCAAUAUAUCAUAAGAGGACCACUUAGAAGUAGUUCUUACAAGCAGUAUAAUUCUUAUAUACACUUUUUGGGGAAAAAAUUAUAUAAGGAAUCAACGGUCAUGGAAUUUGUUCAAGGGUGCGAAGAUUACUUACAAAAUCCUUUACAACCACUUAGCGAGCAUUUAGAAACGAUGAUUUACGAAGUUUUCGAACGCGAUCAAGUCAAAUACGUCGAAUAUCAAAAAGCGAUUCAACGAGCUCUUGAAGAUAUCCCAAAAGAAAUUACCACUCCAGUUAUUAUGGUGCUGGGAGCAGGACGAGGACCUUUAGUUCAAGCAGUAAUAAACGCCUCAAUCUUAACACAACGAAAAAUUAAAGUUUACGCCGUCGAAAAAAAUCCUUUCGCCAUCAACACCCUCGAAGAUCGAGUAUUAAACGAAUGGGGAAACAUUGUAACCUUAAUAAACGAAGAUAUGAGGACUUAUCAACCACCGGAACAAGCUGAUAUUUUAGUUUCUGAGUUAUUAGGUUCAUUUGGUGAUAAUGAAUUAUCGCCGGAGUGUUUAGAUGGGGCUCAACGGUUUUUAAAGAAACCGGGUGGGAUUUCAAUCCCGCAAUCGUACACUUCGUAUUUGGCACCGUUUCAAAGUACGAAAAUUUUUAAUGAAAUUCGAUCGAAUAAGCCUGAUGACAAAACUAUUGAAACGAUUUAUGAGACACCGUACGUUGUUCACAUGGUUAAUUAUUACCAAAUAGCCGAUUCGAAAGCUUUGUUUAAAUUCGAACAUCCGAAUUGGGACGAAAAUAAAUCAAACGAACGAUUUAAAACCAUCAAAUUUCUUUGUCCCCAAAAUUGUUUGUUAACUGGAUUUUUAGGUUUCUUUGAAACGGUUCUUUAUAAAGAUGUUAUGUUGAGUAUUAAUCCCCAAACUUAUUCCAGUAAUAUGGUUAGUUGGUUUCCCAUUAUUUUUCCGUUACAGCACCCGAUUAAUGUGGCUGAAAAUGAUAUAAUUGAAGUUUCUAUGUGGAGGUCGGAAUCUAACGAAAAAGUUUGGUAUGAAUGGUGUCUUGAAUCUCCAGUUAAAGGGCAUAUUAGUAAUCCAAAUGGACGAUCUUAUUUUAUUAAGAAACAUUGAUUGUUUUUGGAUAAAAUAAAUCUUAAUAAAUAUUUUUAAUUAGUUUAA